UUAUCUUUUUUUUUUUUUAUUAUUCCAUUUCCCUCCCUCCCUCUCUCUCUCUCUCUGCACUGUGCUUUCUCUCCCUGAAACGGUAUUUGACGGGACAAAGCUUUCAAACUUCUCCCAAAAGUUCAAAAACUACGCGUCCUUUCCAACACAAAGCACAGCAAAAUCAUCCCAAGAAAAACCCUAGCCCUCUCUCUCUCUCUCUCUCUGAUCGGCGCUCCUCGGAGCCAUGGGCGACGGGCACAAACUCGAUCCAGCGACGGAGUUCUCCGCGGAGUCGGGCUGGCCACUCUGCGGCGACUCCGAUGGCCCCUACUUCUUCGGCAGCGAUAGAGAAAGCAGCAUCUUGAGCGAAUUCGGCUGGAAUAUCCACCCGGAGUUGCCGCCGGACCCGACCGACGCAGAUCGGGUCUACUUCGACGAGAGCUCCAGCUUGCACGACUACGCCUACAACGACGUCGUCGACGGAGGCGCAACUGAUACUGCGCCGGUGGCAGCGGCGGCGGCGGCGCCGCUGGUCGGAUCUUCCGAAGAUAUAGUCGGCGACGCCUCGACUCCGAACCUGUCGGUAUCGUCAAGCUCCAGCGAGGAUCAGCCGGAGAAGUCGACGAGCUCCGGCGGGAAACCGCCUGAGACGCCGAGUAAGGUGAGAAAGAAAGGGCAAAAGAGAAUCCGACAGCCACGUUUUGCAUUUAUGACAAAAAGUGAAGUUGAUCAUCUUGAAGAUGGCUAUCGAUGGCGAAAAUAUGGACAGAAGGCUGUAAAAAACAGUCCAUAUCCUAGGAGCUACUAUCGGUGCACAAACAGCAAAUGCACAGUGAAGAAAAGAGUAGAGCGGUCCUCAGAAGACCCCUCCAUUGUAAUCACAACAUACGAAGGCCAACACUGCCACCACACUAUUGGGUUCCCCAGAGUUGCAUACACUGCCCAGUUGAGUGCACCUCCAUCUUUAAAAUUUUAUUAUGAUCAGGGAAUGCAAUUAUCUGGAGAUCCAAACAACUCUCUGAGUACUAUAGCACAUUCACAUAACCAUCAAGGUCAAGGUGAUAAUCAAGCAGUAGAAUCCAAUUCCCAGACCGCUGUGCCAAGUACCACUCCUCACGAGGUUCCAACAGAUGAGGGACUACUUGGGGACAUUGUGCCUCCUGAAAUGCGUAGCAGGUGAUGGAUAUGAUCAUUGAUGAAGAGCAAUUAAUUUAUGGUACACACUAAUUCCUCAUGGUUUAUUUUGAUCAACCUCUAGCUAAGGAUGACAUGCUCUCUCUCUGAAUCAUGAUUUAACUUGAUUUUUUACUUUGAGUUUUAACUAGCCUAACACUUGCCCAAAAACCGGCACAAGCGUGCUGGCGGGGGUGCACAUGGCACAUGGAGAGAGAGAGUGAGAGGGAGAGAGAGAGUGAGUGAGGGAUUUAUGUUGAAGAAGAUGGUAGCUAGCUAGAAGCAUUUGAAUCUGAGUCCUAAAUGGUUGCUAGCUAGCUAGAUGCGUGGUGGCAUAAGUAUAUAUGGUUCUACUUCUAUAUAUAUACAUAUGCCUGCAGGGGUAUUGAACUAGUACUGAAGCAUGGAAAUCCUUUAUUGUGGUUAUUGGAAAUUUGGAGUGGGAGCUUAAAGUGUAAUUGAUUAAUUUGUUAUGUGAAAUAUAUAUUAAGGAUAUAUAUAUAUAUAUAUAUGGGGGGAGUACUCAAAAGAUGGACAAAAUGCUUCUUAAUUUAUAUGCCAGUGGUAUAUAUAUCUGAAAUAUGCAAGCGAGCUGAUCUAUAUAUAUUCAAUGCGUGUGUGACACAGAAGAAGGCAAUUACACAAUUUACAGCAGCAUAUUACAUGUACAGUAUUAUUUCUUUAGGGUUUUUGUUGCUUGGAGGCAUCCAACAAAUUGGAAACUUGGAAUGGGACUUGCUAACUACUGUGAUGAUAUGACAAUGCAUGGAAGAUGCUGUCAUGCGUAUAAUAUUUACAAAUGUAUAUAUAAUCUUUGUACUUCGUCCCUUGCAUUUAAUAAUUGAUUGAUCUUUUUUUAUUAA